GUUAUUUCUUCCUAAAUACACAAUCUACACUGACCCUGUGCACUCUUUCAGUUCCUAGCAAGGCUCGGGAGGUAACCUAGAUAACAGUGCUAACUAAAACCCUGAUCCAGUCACCAUAUUCAAGAUAGCUAAGCUAGCCUAGCUAGGUUGAAAGCAGUAAUGGAGGUGUUACCUAAUGAAGAUCUGCCUUUGGAGCCCAUCAGAUCUGAAAAUGUUGUGAUUCGUGGCAAGGAGUUUUUGAGCUUUUUGGGCCAAACCCUGGUGCCGCCCUGCGAGCAGGAUUGGUUUGUUGAAUCUAUUGUGCCAUCCUUAGCUUGUAUGGCUGUGGAAAAUGGUGACCUCCUUUCACUACAGCAGUUUCUGCCUCUGUUGCAUUGGACCACUGGAGAUUAUGAUGACACCACUGCCCUACAUAAAGCCUGUGAGCUGGGUAAAUUGGAUAUUGUGAAGUUCCUUGUGGACAAAGAAGCAUUUUCUCAGCUAAACUGUUUUGAAAAAAACACCCUCCUUCUACUGGCCAUUAGAAACAGGCACUUGGACGUUGUGGAGUUCCUGCAUAUGAAAGGAGCCACUGUGGAAAUGCAUUCAGUGAUGGUUGCUACAGAGAUAAUCCAAGCUGUUAAAAAGAAGGAUUAUGGUUUGCUGCGUGCCUGGUACCUAGCUGGAGUGGACAUGGACAGUAAGGACUACAAUGGCCACACUGCCAUGGACCAUGCACGUCGACUGAAAGACGAGGCCAUAGUUCACAAACUUCAGGGGUACGGAGCAAAUCUUCUGGGAGCUGUGAAGGCAGACAGUGCUGAACAAGAUUCAUCUUCAGAGGCUAUAUUUUAUCCUGUCUCUACCCAUCACUUCCCCACCAAACAGGCAGAGCUGCAGCAGAAGGAAAACUAUGUGUAGUGUUUCUCCUCACACUUCUUUUAGUAGUUUGAAAACAUUGUUCUUUGAUAAUCUCUUUUACUUAAAUGUUCAUAUUCUCUCUCAAUGAAUUUAAGUCAAAUUACUGUUCUGCUGGUUUAUUAUAAAUUGAGUGUUGGUUUUCAGUUAAUAUUUAGCACGUACUGAUAAAACUGGAAAAUAUUCUUACUAUUUUCACAACUGUAGUUGUUUUUUCUAAUUAAAACCAGUCAGUGAGUUUGUUAACUUAAUUCUAAAUGUUUCAUCUGAUUACACAACAUUAAAUGCUUUGCCAGGACUGUAUGCACCUUAAAAUGCUCCCUGGAUUCACUAAUUAUACUUUGAUACAGAAAGUGUAUGAUGGUAUUACUGGCACACUUUCACUUAAUCCCAGAGAAUGAGGUCAAUGUAGUUUUAUUCGUUUAAGAUUUCUCUUACAAGGACUGAACUCCAUGAGGCCUACAGAAGCUGUGAAAUGAUGGUUAACUUCUUAGAGCCCCAAUAUAGGAUAGGAUAGUGUGUCUACUGAAAUGUACUGACAUUAGUGUAGUUAAAACAAGGUUUCAAAGAGUCAAAGUUUGUGGGAAUGUGAGAUUAAAAUGGUGCACUUUGGUGACAUCUGCUGAUGAAAUGUAAGUAUAUGCACUAGAAAAACAAAAACGUGCAUGUUCAUUUAUAAAUAGUCUAUUAGAUUUCCAUUACAGACUAAAUGUUUUAAUCUGUUUAAUAAGUUAAAAUUAAGAAUAUAAAAGGUUUAAAAUGAA